ACAAAAACUAUCUGGGAAAAGUUCACCGUAAAAAUUAUGUUUUCAACCCCCCUUUCUCUUCUUUUGAAGGCCAAGCAAUGAUAAUUCGUGAUAGAUGAGCGUUUAAAUCCGUUUCCAAUCACUUCUAGAAGAUUCUAGAAGGGCUGAGUCAAGGAGAGGGAUAUGAUAAAAGCAGAUAAAAGAGGAGUACGAGUAGAAUGAAUCUUGUAAUUAUAUCGAAAAAAAGUCAUGAAAUAUUUUUAUCUAUUUAGGAUAGGUAAUCUUCUUCGAUUUGAUUUUUAUCUUUUUUGAGAUAUCUACAAAGUUUUAUUAUGAGUUAUUUUAUUUUUCAUUUAGCAUCCUUAAUUAGGUACCUACUUCUUCUAGCUUCGAAUAUACCAUUUUUAUAAACAAACUCGUCGGUGUCAGUGAACAUUAAAAUUUCGUCAGCGUUUUAAAGUAGGUACCUAUUAGGAAAAUGUCUCUCGGAAGUAUUUUCGGUUCGAAAUUAUUUUUCUAUCUUAUAUUUUUUGUUGCCAUUGCGAUUUACGAUUGGUAUUGUUGAUUGGAUCGUGCAGAAAACGAGCAGUUAAUUCCAUUUGGUUAUUUUAUUAAUUUUUCUAACGUGCCUCUAUUUCAGGAUUUCUUUUCAAGUUUUCUCUCUGGGAAUCAUGCUGGGUCUUGGUAUGAUUUUUCGCAUGAUUCGUUCAGUUUGGUAUUUAUGUGUUUUGGCCACAUACGUGAAUCUUCUUUUUUAAUAGAUCAUUAGAAUCCAACGAUGGCAUAAUUCAAUCUCCCAAUGACUGAUGAGCAAUAUAUGUCCGUAGCUUUAAAGCUAGCUGAAAAAAAUCUCGGCGACGUGUUCCCAAACCCGACAGUAGGCUGCGUUAUUGUCAAAGAUGGCGCCAUUAUCGGUAAAGGUUGCACAGCUGUUGGGGGACGUCCUCACGCUGAAAAGCUCGCUCUGCAGAACACCAAGGAGGAUACCGAAGGUGGAACCAUGUACGUGACCCUGGAACCCUGUUGUCAUCACGGUGUAACUGGUCCUUGCACCGAGGAGGUGAUCAAGUCAAAAGUGAGUAGAGUUGUGGUAGCUGCGAUGGAUCCUGAUCCUAGAGUCUCUGGUGGAGGUAUUCGAGCCCUGGAAGAAGCGGGAAUCCGGGUUGAUCAAGGUGUAAUGCGUGAAGAAGCUGAAGCUUUGAACGUGGGCUUCUUUACUACCAGAUUACGCAAUAGACCUUAUAUCACGUGUAAGGUUGCUACAACUUUGGAUGGUAAAAUAGCCUCGUUUACUGGUCACAGUAAAUGGAUCACUGGCGAAGAUACCAGACGCUGGGUGCACGAACUUCGAGCCAAGUAUGACGCUGUGAUGAUUGGCAGUAAUACAUUGGUGGCUGAUGAUCCACUGUUGACGUGUAGGAUACCAGGAUUAGAAUCCAAGAGUCCGAUUCGAUUGGUUGUUGAUACCCAAGGUAAACUGAAUGCUGAUCAUAAUGUUGCCAAAACUGCAGAUCAAGUGGAUACUUGGGUGGUCACUAAUAACAGGAAGCAUCAACUGGUGGAGAAUGUCAAGUACUUGGAGGUGAACUCGUCUAACGAUUCGAAAGUCUGUUUGAAGGAUUUAACGACAAAGCUCGUAUCACGAAUUGGUAUCACGAGAUUGCUUGUCGAAGGUGGAGGUGUACUUGUAACGCAGAUGCUGAAACGUAAUUUGGUAGAUAGGCUGAUCAUUUGUCGUAGUGGUAAGAUCUUGGGUAAUGAUGGGAUCCCGUUUGUGGGUAAUUUAGCUCUGGAGUCGAUUGGUAAAUGUUAUGUGUUUAAAAAAGCUCAGAUUAUUGAUUUGAGUGAUGAUGUUGUUGAGAUUUGGGAUAGUGUAGCCAAGUAGAUUGAUUAAAAUAUGUAGAAUAUUGGGUAUUUUUAUGUAGAAUUAUUGUUAAAUGUAGAUACCAGUCUGUUGUAGGUAAGGUAUCUGUAAUUCCUAAUAUCUAAUUGCAGUUGAUGGAUUGUAAUCAUGGCUUGAAAUACAUAAAUUAAGAAAUUGACUCAAAAA